GGAGACUGGAGGUUCAUUGCUGUGUUUCGAUUACAUCAUCUGAAGGUGAAUUAAGAAGAACAUUUGAAAAUUCUUUGAGAGAAAAGAAGUAAAAACAGAUGAAGAGUGGAGAUGAUCAACUUCAGGUUGUGUUGAGAUCGUGUUUGAGGAAGAUAUACAGUGUUUGUGGCUGAGCCAAACCCGCACUGAGAUGAAGAAUUGAGAGGAAGUGACUUUACAAUUACACAAAGUCUACAGGGUGAAACCAGUUAACCCCGACACACACACACAUGUCUGGUUUACUAUUUCUGUGGGGACAGUCCAUAGGCGCAAUGUUUUUUUAUACUGUACAAACGUUCUUUUUGGCCUUUUGCAUAUUUAUAUGGAUAGGACACUGGAGAGUGAGACAGGAGAUUAUGGGAUGCGAGAGAGGGAAUCGGAAGCGGGGAAAGGACAACGUGCUGAGUUUCAAACUCAGACGCUUGUGGAGAAUGUAUGCGCAUGACAUCAAAGACAGAAACUAAACGCACAGAAGUUGGGAUAAAACAGUCGCUUCAGAAAUCACAGGUGUUUAACGACGAGUUCCCACAGACGUGAAGAAAAACAAGACACACCACCACCACCAUCAAUGUCAUCAGCUGCCAGACACCAGCCGAGACCGAGUGACACAAGUCACCGCCAGCUUUACAGGCAUCAGAGAUGUUUGAGAGUCCAAAGCGACGCCGACCUGAAGUGACCUCAGGGUCUCGGGGUCAUGAGGAGGUGAAGUUCAGAGAUGUGACCUUGUACCUGGUGGAGAGGAGGAUGGGAAAGAGCAGGAGGACUUUUCUCUCUAACCUGGCCAGAUCCAAAGGGUUCUGUGUAGAUGACAGUCUCAGUGGUGGUGUGACUCAUGUGGUGUCUGAAGGGAACGCAGCGCAGGACCUCUGGAUGUGGCUGGAGGAUCACGGUCUGAGGGAAGCCCAUGACACACACGUGUUGACCAUCAGCUGGUUCACUGAGAGCAUGAGCGCCGGACGACCGCUGCCAGUCGAGAUGAGACAUCACAUACAAAAUCCUGCUGUAGAGCGGAGGUCAUCCUCUUCUCCGGCCCCCAAACCAGUGUCUACUGUGUCUCCAUUUGCUUGCCAGAGACGGACCUCUUUGGAUAAUCACAAUAAAAACUUCACAGACGUGCUGGAGGUUUUUGCCGAGAACAUGGACUUAAGUGGGAAUCAGGGUCCGUGUCUGGCGUUCCGCAGGGCCGCUUCAGUCCUGAAGAGUCUCCCCGCCACCCUGAGACACCCAGAGGAGAUGAAGCACCUGCCCUGUCUGGGAGAACACAGCAAAGCCAUAAUAGAGGAGAUGUUUGAAUGUGGAAGAUCCUCCAAAGCUGAAGAGAUCCUGAAGGAUGAGAGAUAUCAAACUCUGAAGUUGUUUAACAGUGUCUUUGGUGUUGGACUCAGAACAGCAGAGAACUGGUUCACUAGAGGACUGAGAACACUUGAACAGAUUCUGUCUGAUCCCAGCAUCAGACUCAACCGCAUGCAGACGGCAGGGUUCUUGUUCUAUGAUGACAUCAGCCGUCCGGUGAGUCGAGCGGAGGCCGGAGCAAUGAAGGUUCUGGUGGAAGACGCCGUCAAACGUGUCAAUCCAGCGGCCGGCGUCUGCAUUACAGGAGGCUUCCGCAGGGGAAAGGACUUUGGUCAUGAUGUGGAUUUCAUCAUCAGAACACCUGAGCCGGGUCAAGAGGACGGACUUCUGCCAGCAAUCAUAGACCGGUUCAGGAGACAAAAUGUCCUCCUGUACGCAGACCUCCAGGAGUCGACCUUUGACCUGGGGAAGCUGCCGAGCCGUCGGUUUGAGUCAAUGGAUCAUUUCCACAAGUGUUUUCUGAUCGUGAAGUUAAAGCGAGAUGAUGUGUGUGAGGAGAGAGAGAGGGAUGAGGAUGGACGCAGGGAUUGGAGGGCUAUACGUGUGGAUCUUGUGGCUCCGCCCAUUGAACGCUUUGCUUAUGCUCUGCUGGGAUGGACCGGUUCAACGCUUUUUGAUCGAGAUCUGAGACGAUUCGCCAGACUGGAGCGAGGAAAACUAUUGGACAAUCACGCGCUGUACGACAAAGCCACGAAAACCUUCCUGUCUGCUGAAACAGAAGAAGACAUCUUCAGUCAUUUGGGUUUGGAGUUCAUCGUGCCUUCAGAGAGAAACGCUUAAAGCGCCGGUUAGUGACACACAUGAUGAAGACUCACGGACAGAAGAUUUCACACCCUGACUCACAAACAUCUUCUGCUUGAGUUUAUUUACAGAAAGGGUCUCGUGUCAGCCAUUGUAAAUCUCAUAUCCUAUAUAGAGCGUUGUCGAGUUUGUAAUGAUUUUCUCAGCCAAUGGGAAUCUUCCAAACACAUGACACGCUGUAUAGUGCUCUUACUGUAGAUCCUCAUGGUUUUAAAGGAAGCAUUCUAGUAAAACACCCUGAAGGAGUUUCUGUUGUGAUGAUGAUAAUCGUCUGACUGUAUGUUCUCAC